AUGUCACAAGCACUCCUCGAGAUCAUCAAUCUAAUCGAAAGCUCAUCACUGCAAACGAUACCGAAUUUUCUCAUCGCGUUGCUAGAAAGUCGUGAUCCCCGGUUAUGGACUGAAGCGACAGGUAACGCAGUGGAGAAUUGGGCUUUGGAUCUGUCUCAGAGGAUCUAUGUUAAUGAGAUCAAGACAGUUAUUCAGAGCAUACAUGGCUUACACUUCAAUGCCCACAGUGCAACGGCGGACAAUGUAACAAACUUUAGCCUUGAGAAAAUGAUCGAUAAAUUCCGUUGUGUGACUCCGAAGACUUGGGCCUUAAAAGGGGUCGCGAUCCUUUCGAUCUUGGCAAACAGUUCAAGCCAAAGAUGCAAUGCAUUCCAAGCCAUUCAAGGCUUCUUCCUUGACUCCACAAACACACCAAGGCGAGUCAUUGAAGUACUCUCACGUGGAGGGUGGAGUGUAUCGGCGGAGUCUAUCUGCCAUAUGGUUCAGUCAGUGACCGAAAGCCUCAAAGCAAGCUUGAAGAAGCUCUCAGACCCCGGGUUGUAUGCGAUGGCAUAUGAAAAUCUGGACUUCGACUUUAAGACGAAAGAGCCCGGUGAUCAGAACCAAGGGACGUUUUCAAGUAUAACAACAGCCACCUUUAUUCCACUCACCUAUGGUACCACGCUUGAUGACCUCCGAUACUCGAAGGAGCUUUGGGAGAAGAGCUCCCUUAAUCCAGAUAAUCCCAAGGACUCGAGACCUCCUGCCACACCUGACCGACAAUAUCUCUUUGAGCGCAUCCAAGAGCGGCAGGACAGUAAGACGGUGCAGUACCCUGCUCGAGCAAUGCACCUGAAGGCAUCAGUGAACGACGAUAAUAUUGCGAUAGUGAAGAGCCUUGAACGGCAGGCUGGAACAAGCCCAGAAUGGUACCAUUCCUUCGUCCGGCUGUGUCAUGGUGACCUGGGUAUGCAAGAAAGGCACGAUGCGACAACAGAGUCGCGUGCGAUUGAAUCCACACCACAGGAACGACUCCAGUUCCUUGUGACUAUACCUGGUGGCUUCCAUAUUCGUAUGGCCUGUGUAGAUGCCAUCUGGCGAGUUCACAUUCAGCCGAAGGCACUAUGUGAAGUCAGGGGUGGCAUCUUUGAUCAGUUCAAGAUCCUCCGGCCGAAAGACUCAUCGAAACUUGCAAGUAACCCAACUUACCGCAUGCUGAAUGAUGGAAUCCUACACCUCACAAGUUCACACUUGCUGGUUUGUUGGGAACAAGCUACUGGUUUCUCCGACUUGAAGGAAUUCGCCGACAGUGAUCCAUCAUGGUCGGAAAUUGUUGCUCUUUCAAAGAAGAUCUGUCAGGAGAAGAUUGCAGGAUGGAUAUCCGAGGUGCGACGACAGAGUGAGGAUCCACGAGAUUAUUUGGAAGAAGGCAACUUACUAUUUCGACGUGAUGGCCUGUGGUACUGCAUGUUGGCACAUGCAAUGAACACUGGCGCGAUAGGCGCGAUGGAGGAUCUUCUGUGGUUAUGGGUGCUGAUGUUCUCAGGCUGUGGGAAGCAUAAAUAUGCGGCGCACCUCGCGAAAUUUCUUCGCAAUCUGCAUUCAGUCUACCCUGCCCGCCUGGCCCAAGUAAUCCGAUCCCACUGGGUAUGCAAUCCAUCAGGUCGACCAGAUGGAUUUAGAGGUGUAGAUUGGCUUGUCGAGCGAAACAAUCUGUAUACAAAGGCAGUGACUCACUUACCUCAGGUCAUCAUUGGUGGCUCAAGCUCGAACAGGACACUUACCCACAUUAUCAACCAGUCUUCGCUGAUAGAGACCUACCGAAUGGUACAUGUCAAUAUAGAACAGAACUUCUAUAUCAAGCACCGGGGUACACAACAUGCCCCGGCAAAAAUGGAAGUCAUGCUUCAAAUGCUUCAAGAGCGAAUAAGAGGACCACAUACUAUGGUUAAAAUAGAAGUUCUCAACGUUCUUCUCAAAGGGGCCCAAUCAUAUGUAGGUGGAGAAGAAGCUCACAGGGAGGAUAAUGAUGACCAUGAUGAGGACAGUCCCAUCGAAAGGGAUCCGGCACAUGACGAGCCCAGAGGAAUGGGGUUAACAAUUAGUGACUUUGAUGCCCUGUAG